AUGCUCACCCUUCCCCAACGGCCUGGGUCCACCGCCCCCACGGUUCAGCACACAGACCAAACGUAUGAGAGCGCUGCCGUGAUUCGCAUCUUUCUCAACCUUAUCACAUGUCAGACGGAACAACUACCGUUCACUUCACCCUACACGGAGUGGCAGGCGGACUUGGAGAGCCUGUUGUACUUCCUGGACAAGUAUGAUUCGCAACCUGCACUCAAACAGCUGCGUCUGUACGGUGCCGAGAUGGCGCUUCAUCGAUCGCUGGAAGACGAUAGCGCAUUCAUCUUUGGAGUGACGACCAACGACUUGGCGCUGUGCAUCGACGUCAUUACCAACUUGCCGACCUGGGAAAAAAGUGACUACGCCAAGUAUCCCGCUGAGCUUCGAGGCGUGAACGGCAAGAGCCUUAUGGACUUGACUUGUGCGCCUUUCUCCUUCGCAGCUUCAAUUCCCUUCCCGUACUCCUGGGCUCUGGAUCGCGCCUGUAGAAAGACCAACCCCUUGAAGCAUCCGUACACUUUCAGCCGAGAGUUUCAUCAUCGGGUCGUCGCCGCCUUCCAGGGCAUUGAGAAAUUUGGCCGUGGCGCACACGGUAUUCACAAGCCCUGGCCGGCGAUCGUUCAGACUCCUAACCUUCCCAAGGAGCUCUGGGAUAGCGAUAUCGAGAGUGAAGGCGAGAGCGACGGUUAA